AUGGUCGGACCCGCUUUAGGGGGUGCUUUAUACCAGGCUGGUGGUUUCAUGGUCCCCUUUUUCGUGGUAGGGGUGUGUAUUUUAAUUAGUGCUUUUCCUCCCAUGUGUUUGAUUCCGAAACAAUUAAAACCUGCAGAUCAAGUACUGGAAAAGUCGCCGUCGAUAUGGCGCUUACUGACGAGGCCAGCCAUUCUUAUGUCCUGCCUGUCUUUGGCGUUGGCGUCGCUUAUCUUAAACUUUCAGAAUCCUGUCCUGGGGAAGCACCUCGAACAGUUCCACCUCGGCACGGCGCUUCAGGGUCUCGUCUUCAUCAUUGCCCCUAGUUCUUUCACAAUAGCUGCACCGCUCAUUGGAAUUGUUAUAGAUAAGUGGAAAUGCGGGAGGACCUGUACUGUGGUCGGAACCUUUGUUAUAUCGGCGUUGUAUCUUAUACUGGGCCCCUGUCCCAUAUUCCACAUGCAACCAGAGUUAUGGAUGUCGGCAGUGCCUCUUCUUACCAUGGGGUUGGCGUUCGCCUCUACCAUUAUUCCUGGUUUCACACUGAUACUGGAGGAUGCAAUAAAAGUAGGUUUCCCCGACUCAAUGGGAACGAAGGGUGUAGUCUCUGGAAUAGUUUUGUUUUCAUUCAACUUUGGCGCAUUUGUUGGGCCGAUGAGUGCAGGAGAUCUGGUUGAUGCUGUGGGGUACGCCUGGGCAUGUUCCGUCGUCUCCCUGGUAGCAUUUGUAGUUGCGAUUACUAUUAGCAUAACGUAUGCCGUUUUGCAUUAUCAACAACGCUCCCUUUCGGAGACGGAAACACCUUUUCUCGCGGACGACAAGAAUGACAAACUGAAUGAAUCGAGUCACAUAUUGAUGAGAAAGAUCCCAACGUAUUCAUCGCAUUCUAGUGAUAAGCUGUUAUCCGAUUAG